UGUUGGCAUCAUGCUCACACUUUUUUGUGCACCUGGACAGACUCUGAGCAACCUGUUUAAUGCCCACUCCAUCUAGCAUGGAUCCGUCUGAGGAAAAUGUGUAUGAGAACCCAGAUAUCACCUACCAGAACCAGACAUCAGGUAUAUAUGAGAUGCCUUACGAUGAGCCCUCAAGUCAAACACCAGAGUACCAGAACACUGGAUGGGCCUUUGGAAGAAAACCAAAUCCACCUUUGUUUCCAGCACCCCCUCCUCCUAGCAAGGAAUACCGCAAAAAUUCUUCAUCUUCAUCUUCACAUGCUGAUGACGAAGAGAGUGAUGAGAACACUUGCUGUAGUGAGGAAAAGACAACUGUUGCCGAGAGUAGCAAACAGUCACAUUUGGGGAGGGUGUCUCCAAAGUUGGUGGACUGCGGGAACUUGGUACGUACAUCCAAAUCCUCAUCAUCCUCAUCAUCAGCUUCAUCCGCAUCUGAGCAAGAAGGACCUGACUUGAACCCAGAGCCUGAAAAGGACAAAACUAAAGUCACCCUGUUUGUUAAGGCUGGCAGUGAUGGGGAGAGCAUUGGAAAUUGUCCAUUCUCACAACGUCUUUUCAUGGUCCUUUGGCUGAAAGGUGUCGUCUUCAAUGUCACCACAGUUGACCUCAAAAGGAAACCAGCUGACCUUCACAACCUGGCCCCGGGGACACACCCACCCUUUCUCACAUUCCAGGGGGAGGUGCUAACUGAUGUCAAUAAAAUAGAAGAGUACUUGGAGGAGAUGCUGGUUCCCCCUAAGUAUCCCAAACUUGCAGUGAAGAACCGUUACUCCAACACAGCAGGAAACGAUGUGUUUGCCAAGUUUUCCACUUACAUUAAAAGCACAAGUCCUGGUAAAAAUCAGGCAUUAGAGCAGAGUCUCAACAAGGCUCUGGUAAAACUUGAUGAGUAUCUGUUGAACCCGCUACCUGACGAGGGUCAACUUGUCGAUGGCGAAUCCAAACGCAAAUAUCUGGACGGUGAUGAGUUGACGCUGGCUGACUGCAACCUCCUUCCCAAACUUCAUGUAGUCAAGGUGGUGGCGAAGAAAUACCGGAAUUACGACAUCCCCUCCCAGUAUAGAGGCGUGUGGCGUUACCUUGGCAACGCCUACAGCAGAGAUGAAUUCACAAACACGUGUGCAGCUGAGCUGGAAAUUGAGCUAGCCUAUAAGGACGUUGCUAAAAUGCUAGGGAAAUGAGCUGCAACAUCCUUGUCAUAUUUUUUAAAAAUGAUUACCAGUAAUUGUGCAUCUGACAGGAUUGGUUGUUCUAAUUAACUUUUUAACAGCUUCUGAAAUCUGACUCUAAACUUGCAAGUUUGACAGCAUAUUAUUUCUUGGAAGACAAUUUGCUGAAUCCUUGUUUUCCAAAGAUUAACUAAAUAACAACACAGCUACAUUUUUUAUUAUUUUUUAUUAUUUUGUGUGAAUUAACCCAUAAUUUGUGGGUUUGUGAAUGGGAAGGUCAUGUUAUAACACAAUAAUAUGGAACUAAUAAUACUAAAUGAUAACAUCUUUGAGCCAAAGUAAUCUGUUUUUUUCCCUUUCGUUUUCAUGAGGCACACUUUGUUGAGAGCAUUUUGUUUUUGGUCUUCAGAUGUAAUGACUUCCACUUGUAAAUCCCAAGCUACACUUUUAUAGUUGAAAUACUUGACUGUAAAAUCCACUUAUAUGAGUUUGUAUUUCAACUAAUAAAUCAGUUCAACAUCAACACACACCCAAAUAAACGAGUAGUUUUAGUGCACGA